AUGCUUAACUAACCAUUUAAACCUAGCAAUAAGGUUGUAUCACUACAUGCUAUUAUGAGUAAUAUUAAGAGACAGAAUAAACAAAAGACUAGAUCCAUCAGUUACCAUUCAAAUCACAUCAAAUCUGAGGGGCAAUCUAUUCAGUUAAGAGAUGAUGAUUCGAAAAAAUUCAAUGAUCAGAUUAAACAGAAGGAUGAACUCAUUAAUUAAUUGUAAUCAUAACAACAAUCAUUUCGCAAAUAACUCAACGAAAUAUUCGAAGUCAACCAUGAUAAUGAUGAAUCACUCAUUUUGCACAUAUAUUCAUCUAUCAUACAAUUCAAAAAAGAAAAAAGUCAAUAUCUGUAAUAAGAUGAAAUUAAUAGCAAAGUCAUCCUCCAUUACAAAUAGCUAUUCACUGAUAUCAUCGCAAAUUAAGAGGAAUAACUAUCAAAUUAAUAACAAUUAUUAAUGACCUUAACUAACUAAAUUAAAGAAAAUGAAUUAUUAUAGCAUUUGAAUACCUCCUAAUAAGAAAAACAAUACAUGUCCAAAAUCGAAUCUUUAUAGAGUUAAAUUGACAAAUUUAGAAAUGCAAGUCUCUUACUCUUGUAUCUAUAACCACUUUUAGAAGAGAAGAUUCCUAUCCUUAUAAUAAAUUACACUCAGUAUGCAAAUUGCUAUCUUCCAAUCCAGAGGAAAUUGAGGAAGAAAUUCUUCAAUUCAUUCGCAAUACCUUUCAAUUCUAUCAAGCUAUUGGAAACCAAUAAAUUUAUGCUUUUAUAAAAAGUUAAUUUGAUAAUGAAAGGGUUUAAUUGACAUUCAAUCUAAAUUAAAUUAAUAAUGAAGUUAUCAAAGUGUUGAUAAACAAAUUUGAUUUAGACAAUGAUAUCGAAUAAGAAAUGGAACAAUUAAUUCUAUUGAAAUAAAUUAAAUCUCAUAAUAAUUAAAUAUUAUAAUUCAUUGAUUAAUUGGGCGAAAAUGAAAUAUCAAGAAUCAUGUUGAUACAGAAUUUAGUUAAUUUGAAAAGAUAAAUAAUAAAGAAACUUUGAUUUUAUUUAUUAACUUAUAAUAUAUAUUUC